UGUCAGGCGCAAUAAAUGUAUUUCACAAAUUCAAGAAUUUGAGAAUUGGAUUAUCGAUUUCGGUACAUGGAAGCCGACGAAUACAUGCGCAACCGACGACUGUAAUGAGCGGUGAUGAAUCCUGCUCUCCCCUUUCCCCUGCUGCCCGUGUCUACAUACCUUGUUCUUGUCAUCCCGCGAUGUACCAGCAUACGGAGAUUACAGCUGACCCAUACAUCGACCUCAAUUGCCAAUUGGAUUUCCAAUACACUGAGCUGUCUAAGACUCUGGAUACAUAUAGACAAGAACAGUUGGACAGGAUCGCGGCUGUCUUAUAGCAUUCUUUGUUGCGCACAUAUCCUCUGGUGGUAUGCGAAGGGCUCCCAACCGUCCAACCGUCCAACCAAAGCUUCCCGUACGGAUGUACCUAGAGAUCUGUGAUGAAGAAAAUCGUAACCUGAUAUAUUGGCCUGCGUACGAAUUGACGAGUGUGCCCGGAGUAAAUCUGCAGUCCAAUCAAACGUGGUAG